UAUAUACUCAUUAAGUAUGUAGUAUAUAGUAUGUUAGUAUGGGUAUUCAAACACAGCUUAGGAGAGAAGAGAAGACUAGGGGAGAAGAGGAGAGAAGAUGGGAGAAGACGAGCAGAGAAGAGGAGAGAAGAUGGGAGAAGACGAGCAGAGAAGAGGAGAGAAGAUGGGAGAAGACGAGAAGAGGAGAGAAGAUGGGAGAAGACGAGCAGAGAAGAGGAGAGAAGAUGGGAGAAGACGAGCAGAGAAGAGGAGAGAAGAUGGGAGAAGACGAGCAGAGAAGAGGAGAGAAGAUGGGAGAAGACGAGCAGAGAAGAGGAGAGGAGGAAUCAACUGUUGAGAGUUGAGAAGCAGCCUCUGUCACUGGGUCAGUGUAGUUGUCAGUGUAGGGACUAUAGUGAUAUAAACUGAAAUAAGAAGCAGGCAGGCAGGUCAUCUAUAUCUGUUUUAAUAGUUGACAGUUGGAAAAGGGAAGUAGCUUAUUUCAUAAGAGGAAGUAAAGAACCGUUUUGUACAGUUUUCUCUAACCCUAACCCUCUACAGUCAGUCUGUCUCUCUGUCAGAUAGGAUCUGUGUGACUCAGAGAAAGCUGUUAGCAGUGUGACUGGUGGAUCAGGGUGUAGUUAGUGACUGGGUAGUUGACGUGGAGGGGAUUCCCACUCUGUGUUCUGCUGUCACCUGGACUGAAGUGACAGAGGACCUGUCAGUUGUUCUACUACUGAGUGACUGCUGUUUCAUCCAUCCAUCUGCUGAUGUCAUCCUCUGAUCUGACCUCUCACCUGAUCUCUACCUGCACCUCAUCAGACUGACUCACCUGGAGAGGCAACCUACCUGGUGGAACUAGAGUUCCUCUCCUGUCCUGAUGUGGGAGAGGCAGCUUUGGGUACAGAAUUAAUGUGUGUGUUUGUUUGUGAGCUGUGGGUUUGAUUGAGUAUGAAUCUGAACGUCUCUGGUCUGUGGGAGGAGCUUCCUGUUAACUCCUCCGUGCGGUGUCCCUAUGAUGUGAUUGGUUGGGAGCCACAAAUGCAGCAGCUGUACUUUUGGUUCUACCUGCUGCUCUUCAUCCCUGGUCUCUGCCUCAACACCACGGCUCUCUGGGUGCUAUGUAGACACAUCAGUAAGAAGACCAAGGCAGUGAUCUUCAUGGUGAACCUGGCUCUAGCUGACCUACUCCAUGUCAUGUCUUUGCCUCUGAGGAUCCACUACUACCUGACACACACCUGGCCCUUUGGACAAGCACUGUGUCUGUUCUGUUUCUACCUCAAAUACCUCAACAUGUAUGCUUCCAUCACCUUCCUGGUGUGUAUCAGUGUCCAGAGGUGUGUGUUUUUGCUACAGCCCUUCUAUGCCAGGCGGUGGAGACGGCGUUAUGACCUGUUGAUCAGCGCCACCGUGUGGCUGGUGGUGGGAAUAGGUUGUUCCCCUUUUAUUAUCAUGAGGAGCAGCAACAGCACUGUACCCAGUCAAUACACCCCUAGCCCCAGUACCAGUCUUAUACCCAGCUCUAACCCCAGCCAUUACACUGGUAGUCCUAUUCAAUACUCCACACCCUCCACCUUACCUUACACAAGCUCCAGCCCCAGCGGCUGUUUUAAGGACCUGCCCACCAGGAAACUGCCACUCCCCCUUGUGGCAGCCAUGAUGGUGCUUGCGGAGCUGUUUGGGUUUGUGUUACCGCUCAGUGCCAUCAGUUACUGCUCUCUCCGGAUCGCUCACUCACUGAGACAGAGACAGGACAGAGAGCACCACCACAACCACCGCUGCCCCUCGACCAGCCAGGCCCAACCCUCAGCCCAGACAGACAGAGAGCACCACCACAACCACCGCUGCCCCUCGACCAGCCAGGCCCAACCCUCAGCCCAGAUUAACAGGCAGAUGGACAAAGAUAAGCGUCGCGCCCUGAGGAUGGUUAUGAGCUGCUCGGCUCUAUUCUUGUUCUGUUUUGCUCCGUACCACAUCAAUUUCCUGUUGUACGUGAUGGUGUCUCAGGAUAUAGUGUCCCACUGCCCCACGAUGCUGGUGGUGCGUCAUUUCCACCCUGUUUCGCUGUGUGUAGCCAGUCUUUCCUGCUGUCUGAACCCUUUGUUAUAUUACUUCCUCACUGCAGAGUUCAGACAGCACCUCUCCCAACGCACCUCCUCCCUCUCCUCCUCCAUUAGAGGCCGGCUCAUGAGCCUGGAAAGCACCUCCUCUUUUAGGGAGUAACAACUCCUGUAGGGAGCACUUUGUCUCCUUCUCCUCUCCUCAAUCAAUCAAAUGUAUUUACAAAGCCUUUUUUACAUCAGCUGAUAUCUCAAAGUCCUGUACAGAAACCCAGCCUAAAACCCCAAACAGCAAGCAAUGCAGGUGUAGAAGCACGGUGGCUAGGAAAAACUCCCUACAAAGGCCAGAACCCAGGAAGAAACCUAGAAAGGAACCAGGCUAUGUGGGGUGGCCAGUCCUCUUCUGGCUGUGCCGGGUGGAGAGGAACCAGGCUCUGAGGGGUGGCCAGUCCUCUUCUGGCUGUGCCGGGUGGAGAUUAUAACUGAACAUGGCCACGAUGUUCAAAUGUCCAUAAAUGACCAGCAUGGUCAAAUAAUAAUAAUCACAGUAGUUGUCGAGGGUGCAGCAAGUCAGCACCUCAGGAGUAAAUGUCAGUUGGCUUUUCAUAGCCGAUCAUUCAGAGUAUCUCUACCGCUCCUGCUGUCUCUAGAGAGUUGAAAACAGCAGGUCUGGGACAAGGUAGCACGUCCGGUGAACAGGUCAGGGUUCCAUAGCCGCAGGCAGAACAGUUGAAACUGGAGCAGCAGCACAACCAGGUGGACAGCAAGGAGUCAUCAGGCAAGGUAGUCCUGAGGCAUGGUCCUAGGGAGAGAAUUAGAGGGAGCAUACGUAAAUUCACACAGGGCACCUGAAAAGAGAAAAGAGAAAUACUUAAGAUAUAACAAACUGACCCUAGCCCCCCGACACAUAAACUAGUGCAGCAUAAAUACUGGAGGCUGAGACAGGAGGGGUCGGGAGACGAUAUCCACGGACAGGGCCAAACAGGCAGGAUAUUACCCCACCCACUUUGCCAAAGCACAGCCCCCACACCACGGGCGGCAUGGUAGCUUAGUGGUUAGAGCGUUGGACUAGUAACCGAAAGGUUGCAAGUUCAUAUCCCCGAGCUGACAAAGUACAAAUAUGUCGUUCUGCCCCUGAACAGGCAGUUAACCCACUGUUCCUAGGCUGUCAUUGAAAAUAAGAAUUUAUUCUUAACUGACUUGCCUAGUUAAAUAAAGGUAAAAUAAAAAAUAUCAACAGACCACCAACUUAUUACCCUGAGACAAGGCUGAGUAUAGUCCAUGAAUAUCUCCCCCACGGCACAACCUGAGACACGCCCUUUCUAGGGACGGCAUGGAAGAGCACCAGCAAGCCAGUGACUUAGCCCCUGUAAUAGGGUUAGAGGCAGAGAAUCCCAAUGGAAAGAGGGGAACUGGCCAGGCAGAGACAACAAGGGCGGUUCGUUGCUCCAGAGCCUUUCUGUUCACCUUCACACUCCUGGGCCAGACUACACUCAAUCAUAGGACCUACUGAAGAGAUGAGUCUUCAGUAAAUACUUAAAGGUCGAGACCGAGUCUGUGUCUCUCACAUGGACAGGCAGACCAUUUCAUAAAAUUGGAGCUCUAUAGGAGAAAGCCCUGCCUCCAGCUGUUUGCUUAGAAAUUCUAGGGACAAUUAGGAGGCCUGCGUCUUGUGUCCGUAGCGUAGGUGUAGGGCAGGACCAAAUCAGAGAGAUAAGUAGGAGCAAGUCCAUGUAAUGCUUUGUAUGUUAGCAGUAAAAGAUUCUAGCAGCCGUAUUUAGCACUAACUGAAGUUUAUGUAGUGCUUUUUCCGGGAAGCCUCUCUUUUCCGGGAAGCCUCUCUCUCCUCCUCCUCUUGUCUCUCUCUCCUCCUCCUCUCUCUCUCUCUCUCUUCCUCCUCCUUUUACUCCUCCUCUCCUCCUCCUCUCUCCUCUCCUCCGGUCUCCUCUCUCUCCACCUCUCUCUAUCAUCCUCUUUCUCCUCCUCCCCUCCUCUCUCUUCUCCACUCCUCCUCUCUCCUCUCCCUCUCUCUCUCCUCUCUCCUCUUCCUCCUCCUAUCCUCUCUCCUCCUCCUCUCCUUUCGUCCUCUCCUCUCUCUCUCAUCUCCUCUCCUCUCUUCUCCUCCUCCUCAUCCUUCUACUCCUUUCCUCUCUUCCUGUCCUCUAUUAUCUCCUCCUCUGCUCUCCUCCUCAUUCUACUCCGCUUCUCCUCUCUCAUCCUCUCCUCAUCUCCUCUGCUCUCUCCUCCUCUCCUUUCUCGCCUCUCCUCUCAUACUUUCUCCUCCUCAUCCUCCUUUCCUCUUCCUCUUCCAUUUCCUCCUCAUCUCCUCCGUAGACAGAUAAAGACUCUUACACAACAGAACACACCCCCCCCCCACUCUGGAGGGACAGAGAGACACUGAACUUUGACCCUGAACAUGUGAUAUGUAGCCAGCUAUGUUACUGUAAGAUAAACUGAUGCUGUUUGAAGGGGACUCUUAUAAGCUAAAUGUGCUAAAACGGUAUGAUGCAGAGAAAGCCUGGGUCAUUGUAUGCAUCAGCUGCUGUUAGAUCAUGUUGUAAAUUAUGUAAAUAAAAAGCAGCUUGUUGCUAUAUCA